CCAGAACUUAAUGAAUGCGAAAAACUGAAUUUUACAUGCAGCAGUGAUGCUCACUGUACUAAUCAGACUGGGACAUUCUCAUGUGUUUGCAAGCCUGGAUUUACUGGAGAUGGAUUUUCCUGUACAGAUAUUGAUGAAUGCGCUGGGCCCACGAGCGGCAACUGCAGUCUGACAUCAACGUCAUGCUCCAACACUCCCGGCUCCUUCGCGUGCUGUAGUCCUGGCUACCAACCAUUCCAAUCAGCUUGCGCCAGAGAGUACGGAGGCAAUCUUCUCAUACUUGAUCCAGUCAAUUAUCCGGCAAUGAGUUUUUCCAGGGCCGCUUCAUUAUGUUCUCAGCUAGGGUUAGCGAUACCAAGUAGAACGAAGGAAAAAGAUAUGAUUGUCCAGGCAGCCAAGAAUUCGAAUAUCAGUGACUUUGUGUGGUUCCGGAUGUUUGCCAAGCCAUUCGGGCUGAGACGGGUAUUCCUUGACCAAGGUACUGCGUCCCGCGAAGAUUUGCAUAAUGUUGCCUGUGCAAGAUAUACUGGAUGCGCAUCUAGUUGUGGCCAGAAUGAACACUGCUCCCAGGACGGGUCGUGUGAAUGUACUUUGCCCUACUAUAGAGCUGGCGGCGGGUUGUGCCAACGUUCAUUCCACCAUCGAGAUCACUGUGUGAACACUACGCUACGCAUUCCACCGGGCUAUUUCUUUGAGCCGGUGACGUUAUCGGAUGCCCAGAACAUGUGCUGGGCGUCCGGAAUGGAAUUGCCCACGACAAUAAAGCUAUUUGGAAGCCUUGUUGUGGCUGAUUGCCUCUACAGCAUGGUGCAGAAUUACCAGUUUGCACUUUCCAGCAGGCCCUCCACCACAUCGACCGGUGUUUUCAUACGCGCCACGCACACCGGUGUGCCUAGAGACAGUUUAACUAGUUUCUACUUCAACGGCCAAUGGGACUUGCUUAAUAGACUACCUUCACACCACCGUGUUAUCUGCGCAGGUGAGAUUAAGCCUUGCAUAUCUUUUUACCACUUCUGA